AUGCUUGUUAUGAAACGCGCAUCAAAUGAGACGUUUGUUGCGCGUUUACGUGCUGCGAACAUGGGGUUUUGUGCGGCGACGACGACGAUGGAUCGUCGUUCCGGAGGAGAGGACGGUCCUCGCCUCGUCGAUCGCUCAGCGCAGGACUUUCCACCACCGCUGAGGAACGCCGCCGUCGGCGGCAUGCACUCGGCUGCACAGUGCAGCCGCGCGAUGACUGUUCGUUCUGUGCAAAUCCCUCGCCCCUCCCGCUUCUGCGCACACUUUAGCGAUUCUUUCACCUCGCUCUUGGCUUUUGUUGUUCCUCCUCUCGUCAUCGUCUCCCAUCCACCCACGAACGGCUCCCGAGAGACGGUUCAAUAUUGA